CGGGAAGUAUGCGACACCGCCGCCCUCCAGCCGCUGUUUUCAUCUCCACUUCCAACGCGUUAACUUGUGAAAAAUUGUCAAUUGGACACGCCACGAAUUUUCAUGGAUCUGAUCCAAUUCACAAAGUUUACCGACUUAUUACUGUAUAGCCUUCAUUGAAUAGUUAAGGAAUUGAAUAAUUAGUAGUCAAAGAUGAAGUCAACGGUAUUUGUUGCCAUUAUGGCGUUAUUAAUGACUACAGUUUCAGCAUUAAAUCUUGAAGUAAUCUCUCUGCAACAUCCAGUACCUGUUUGUAUUCGUGAUUUUGUUCAAGAAGAACAAUUAGUUGUUGUUAAUAUAAAGACUGAUGGUAGAGUUGGUGAUGGUCAAAGAUUAGAUUUACAUAUUGUUGAUCUGAUUGGUAAUGAAUAUAGAAGAAAAAAUGAUAUUGCUGGAACUGUUAAAGUUACAUUUACAAGUCAUCAUAAUGCUGCCUUUGAUGUAUGUUUUACAAAUCAUCUUGAUCAUAAAUAUAAUCAAAAUUCUAAAUUAUUUAGAGAAAUUGACUUAGAAAUUGAAAGUGGAGCAGCUGCAAGAGAUUGGAAUGCAGUUCAAGCCGUUGAAAAACUUAAACCAAUUGAACUUGAAUUACGUAGAGUUGAAGAAUUAACUAAUGAAAUUGUUAAUGAAUUACAAUAUUUAAAGGCAAGAGAAGAAAGAAUGAGAGAUACAAAUGAAUCAACCAAUGCUAGAGUUCAAUGGUUUUCUAUUGGUGUUAUUAUCUCCUUAGUUGGUUUAGGAGCCUGGCAAAUUCAAUACUUGAGACACUAUUUCAAGGUUAAGCAUAUUAUUUAGAGUAUUAAUCCUCCUCUAAAUCCUGUAUCAUAGAGUAGUUGUCCAGAUUC